CAGUCAGCCCAUGUGGCGUGGCCAAGCUCAAUGCGAGACAUUUAAAUUCAUCAGAGGGGAAGAAGCGAAAAGGCUCAAGUGCGGAUGCUGCUUUUCAACACCUCGUUGAUAGUCGACAUAGCCCCCGCCCACCGCAAAGUAACUAACGGAAUAAACAUAUGCCCCACAAGCGCCUUUGCAUCCCAUCGAAGCGGUUGCUGCUCCUGACUUAAGCGGAACAAAUACGACACAGAAAUCCAGCAUGGAUGACGUCGUCAUCGCGGGUAUAUCGGGCCGGUUGCCCGAGUCCGACAACCUGGAGGAAUUCUGGGAGAACCUCAUUAAAGGCGUGGAUAUGGUGACAGAGGAUGAUCGCAGGUGGACACCGGGCCUGUACGGUCUCCCAAAGAGAAACGGUAAACUGAAAGAUAUCAGCCGUUUUGACGCGGCAUUCUUUGGAGUCCAUCCCAAACAGGCCAACACCAUGGACCCUCAGCUUCGGCUCAUGCUGGAGGUUGCUUACGAGGCUAUAGUUGAUGGAGGACUGAACCCGGUUAACAUGCGUGGCAGUAAAACAGGCGUCUACAUUGGGGUGAGCGGUUCCGAGGCUGCCGAGGCGCUGAGCAGAGAUCCGGAGGAGCUUCUUGGCUACAGCAUGACGGGCUGCCAGCGUGCCAUGUUUGCCAACCGACUUUCCUACUUCUUUGAUUUCAACGGCCCCAGCACAGCCAUAGACACAGCCUGCUCCUCCAGUUUACUAGCUUUGGAAAAUGCCUUCCAAGCUAUUCGCUUGGGCCACUGUGACGCUGCCUUGGUCGGGGGAGUCAACCUGCUCCUCAAGCCAAACACCUCGGUGCAGUUCAUGAAACUAGGCAUGCUAAGUCCCGACGGUACCUGCAAGUCCUUUGAUGCCUCAGGUAAUGGAUAUUGUCGCUCGGAGGCAGCGGUGGUGGUGUUGCUGACCAAGCGCUCGGCAGCGAGGAGAGUUUAUGCCACAGUGUUGAAUGCCGGCAACAACACGGAUGGAUACAAAGAACAGGGAGUAACAUUUCCGUCAGGCGAGAUGCAGCGGAUUCUAGUUCAGUCUCUCUAUCAAGAGGCAAAUAUCACAUCAGAGCAGGUCGAGUACAUUGAAGCACAUGGCACUGGAACAAAGGUGGGUGACCCCCAGGAGGUUGGCGGUAUCGUCAAUGUCUUCUGCCAGCCAAAUCGAGAGCCACUGCUUAUUGGGUCCACAAAGUCCAACAUGGGCCAUCCAGAACCGGCAUCUGGGCUGGCUGCCAUGGCAAAGGUGUUGCUGUCUCUGGAGAAAGGAGUGUGGGCACCUAACCUCCACUUCAACAGUCCCAACACUGACAUUCCUGCCCUCACCGACGGUCGUGUUCAAGUUGUCGACCGGCCUAUACCUGUCCGCGGUGGCAUCGUAGGAAUAAACUCCUUUGGAUUUGGGGGCUCAAAUGUCCAUGUGAUCCUUCGCCCCAAUGAAAGGAGCACCCAGACACAGGGUGACGUUUGUGCACCGAGCAGAACAAUCCCCCGAGUGAUUCAAGCUUGCGGCCGGACAGAGGCCGCUGUGAACUCGCUGCUCCAAAAAGCUAAGGAAAGCAGUCACGAUGAAAGCUUCCUGUCUUUGUUGAAUGGAGUGUCUGGAGGUCCCACUGCUGCUAUGCCCUAUCGAGGCUACACGCUGAUUGACUCUCAGACCGACAUCACUGAAGUCGAGCAGGUGCAGGCCACGCCCAGGCCCCUCUGGUACAUAUGCUCAGGUAUGGGGACGCAGUGGGCCGGCAUGGGUCGCAGCCUGAUGCAGCUGCCAGACUUCCGAAAAUCCAUAAUGCGGUCCGACGUGGCCUUGAAAGAAACGGGCCUGGUCGUGUCCCGUCUUCUCAUGGAUGCCGACGAGGCCACUUUUGAAGACACCGUUCAUGCCUUUGUUGGUCUGGCUGCCAUACAGAUUGCUCAAAUCGACCUGCUGGCUCAAAUGGGCCUAGAGCCGGACGGUAUUGUGGGCCACUCUGUCGGCGAGCUGGCUUGCGGCUACGCUGACGGUUCCCUCAGCCACGAGGAGGCCAUCCUGGCUGCGUACUGGAGAGGACGUUGCAUCAAGGAAGCUGAUCUUCCUCCUGGGGGCAUGGCUGCAGUAGGACUGACAUGGAAGGAGUGUAUAGCUCAGUGUCCCAAGGGCGUGGUCCCAGCCUGCCACAAUGCCGAGGACACAGUCACCAUCUCCGGUCCUCAGGAGGCAGUCAGCAAGUUUGUGACUGAGCUCAAAGAGCAGGGGGUUUUUGCAAAGGAGGUGCGCAGCGCCGGUGUGGCUUUCCACUCCUACUACAUGGCGUCCAUCGCGCCAACCCUCUUAGCAGCCCUAAAGAAGGUGAUUAAGAAUCCCAAGCUUCGCACAGCCCGUUGGGUGAGCACCAGCAUCCCUCAGACACAAUGGGACACACCCCUGGCGCUUCACAGUUCAGCCGACUACCACGUCAAUAACCUCGUGAGCCCGGUUCUCUUCCAAGAGGGCCUCAGCCUGGUGCCUGACAAUGCUGUUGUGUUGGAGAUAGCGCCUCAUGCUCUUCUGCAGGCCAUCCUGAAGCGUAGCCUGAAGCAAUCAUGUAUUUCCCUUCCCCUCAUGAAGAGAGGUCACCCCAAUAACCUGGAAUUUUUUCUCUCAAACCUCGGCAAACUUUACAUGAAGGGCAUCAACACGGAUGGUAACGCUCUGUGUUCAGCUGUUAAAUACCCUGUACCAGUUGGCACCCCGAUGAUCUCUCCCUUGGUGCACUGGGACCAUUCUCAGACAUGGGAUGUCCCCAAGGCAGAGGAUUUCUCCUCUGGCUCGGGAUCAAAUUCAGCCAUCGUCUACAACAUCAACAUGAAUCCGGAAUCUCCGGAUUAUUAUCUCAUCGGGCACUGCAUCGACGGGCGUGUCCUUUACCCGGCGACGGGUUACCUGGUGCUGGCUUGGCGUACCUUAGUGAGAAGUCUGGGGCUUGUCAUGGACGCAACAGCUGUGACAUUUGAUGAUGUCACCAUCCACCGGGCCACAAUUCUGCCAAAGACUGGUCUUGUCCAGUUAGAAGUGCGUUUCAUGCCCGCCACGAACAAAUUUGAAGUCUCAGAGAAUGGAAACCUGGCUGUCAGUGGAAAAGUCAGUGUUCUGGAGGAUGCAGCCUUGGAUUCAUUCCACAGUCAAUUGAACCAGGAAGCUUCCAAAGACAACAAGGACCCCAAACUGAAACUUUUGACACAUGACAUAUACAAGGAACUGCGACUGCGUGGCUAUGAUUAUGCCAAGACUUUUCAGGGCAUCUUGGAAUCCAACAAUUCUGGUGACAAUGGGAAGUUGCAAUGGACAGGAAACUGGGUUACCUUCCUGGACACCAUGCUGCAGAUGAUUGUCGUUGGGCUUUCUGGCCGGAGUCUUCGUUUGCCGACCAGGAUUCGCUCGGUAUGCAUCGAUCCCGCUAUCCACCUGGAGAAGGUCUGCGAGUAUGCUGAUGGAAAACUAGCUGUGGCAGUCAAUGUCAACCGCUGCCUGGAUAAAAUCACCGCCGGGGGAGUACAGAUCAGCGGGCUUCACGCAACUGUGGCGCCACGUCGACAGCAGCAACAGAACCCCCCAACCCUGGAGGAGUUCUCCUUUGUUCGCUACGUGGAGACGGAGUGCCUGGCAAAAGACGGGAAGCUUGUGGAGCUGCUAAAGCAUUGCAAAGGUUUAAUCCACAAACUGCAGGAGAAGUUGUCUUCUCAUGGGAUGAAGCUCUGCAUCCCCGGGCUACAGGAGACGUUGGAAAGCUCCAUUCCCACGUCUGAUUCCUCUGCGCCCAGCUUGAUCCGGUUACUCGACAUGCUCUGUGACCUGGAGCUAAAUGGGAAUCUUCGUUCAGAGCUGGAGCAUACGGUGCAAAACCAAAGGGCGUGUCUGCUCCAGGACAGUCUGCUGCGGGGCCUUCUGGAUGGCCCGGCUCUCAGACACUGUGUGGACACCGCCUUGGAAAACAGCAUGCCUGGCAAGAUCAAAGUCUUGGAAGCUCUAUCCAACGAUGGUCAGCUCUUCUCCCCUGUAGUAGAGCUCCUCAAUAUCCAGCCCAUGUUACGUGUGGACUAUGUCGCCACGGCAGCCGACAAGGAUCUUCUGGCUCCCUAUCAGAGCGACCUGGAGAAGCUUGCAGUCACAUCAGCACAGUGGGACCCUCUGUUGGGCCCAGCUCCAGGCGGUUCAGUCGGAGGGGCCGACCUGGUGGUGUGUAACCACGCCUGGGGCCCUCUAAGGGUAGACCCUCGUAUGCUGAUGACAAAUCUAGCUUCUGGGGCCAGGCAAGGGGGCUUUGUUCUCCUCCACACAUUGCUUAAGGGAGAGACUCUUGGGGAAACGGUGAGCUUCCUCUCCAGAGUCAACGACGCUAACAAUCAGCAAGGACUGCUCACACAGGAUGAGUGGGAGAAAGUGUUCUCUGAAGCUUCGCUCACCCCGGUGGCCAUCAGGAAGUCCUUUUAUGGCUCCGUGCUCUUUCUCUGUCGCUGUCUGGCUCCCGCCAAACAAGCCAACGUCCUUGCUGUCGAUGGGGCUGACUACAAAUGGGUGGAAACGCUCAAGGCAACUCUUGCGGAGCCCUCAGAUUCUCCCGUGUGGUUGACGGCGUCUCAGCCCCACUGUGGUAUUGUGGGAAUGGUCAACUGUCUGCGGCAGGAACCAGGCGGCCCCCGAAUACGGUGCGCAUUUGUGUCCAAUCUAAACAGCUCAUCAGAAGCGCCGACGCUCCGGGUUGACCAUUCAUCAAUGCAGGCGGCGCUCAAGGGGGACCUGCUCAUGAACGUAUUCAGAGACGGCCACUGGGGCGUAUUUAGACACCAACUCAUAAUGCUUGAUGGAAACGAAGAGCUGACCGAGCACGCCUAUGUCAACGUAUUGACGCGGGGAGACCUUUCGUCAUUGAGCUGGAUUGCUUCGCCGCUCCGCCAUUUUGUACCGCGGGACCCCAAUGUGCAGCUGUGCCGCGUCUAUUACAGCUCGCUCAACUUCAGAGAUAUAAUGCUCGCCACCGGCAAGCUCCCGCCAGAUGCUAUUCCAGGGGACUUGGCAUUGCAGCAGUGCAUGCUGGGUAUGGAGUUUUCUGGUCGUGAUCCAGAUGGUCGACGUGUGAUGGGACUUUUACCUGCUAAAGGCUUGGCAACGUGUGUGGAUGCUGAUAAAAGAUUCCUCUGGGAUGUCCCUUCUGGCUGGACUCUUGAGCAGGCUGCCUCAGUGCCAGUGGUCUACGCCACAGCCUACUACUCUCUACUGGUCCGUGGCAGGCUGCGCCCUGGAGAAAGCGUUCUCAUCCACUCAGGAUCAGGGGGUGUUGGGCAGGCCGCCAUUGCUAUUGCCCUCAGCAAGAACUGCAAAGUCUUCACAACAGUUGGCUCAGCGGAGAAGCGUGCAUACCUGCAGCAGAAGUUUCCCCAGCUCUCAGCGAACUCCUUUGCUAAUUCCAGAGAUGCAUCUUUUGAACAGCACGUCCUUCUCCACACCCAGGGCAAAGGUGUGGAUGUGGUCCUGAACUCUCUGGCUGAGGAGAAGCUGCAAGCUAGUAUUCGCUGUCUUGCCCGACAUGGACGAUUCCUGGAGAUUGGCAAAUACGACCUUUCCAACAAUUCUCCUCUCGGUAUGGCGCUGUUCUUGAAGAAUGUGGCAUUCCACGGCAUCUUGCUGGAUGCUCUCUUUGAAGAGGGCAAUCGUGAGUGGCAAGAGGUGUCGCAGCUGCUCCAGGAGGGCAUUUCGGGACGUGUCGUCCAGCCUCUAAAGACCACCGUGUUCGAGAGGGACCGAGUAGAGGAGGCGUUUCGAUACAUGGCCCAGGGCAAACACAUUGGCAAGGUCCUUCUGCAGGUGUGUCACGAGGAGACGGCGACACCUUUAAGGAUCCCAGCCCUCCGGCGUACCUACUGCCUCGCAUCGCACUCCUACAUCAUCACCGGGGGGCUCGGAGGCUUUGGCCUGGAGCUCGCUCAGUGGCUGACUGAAAAAGGAGCCCGCAAACUGGUGCUGACUUCCAGAUCUGGAAUCAGGAAUGGUUACCAGGCAAAGCGCGUGAGUGAAUGGCAAAGUCAGAAUGUGGAGGUGCUGGUGUCGACCAGCGACGUCAGCACUCUUGAGGGAACGGAAAAGCUCAUCGCUGAGGCCUGCGGGCUGGGUCCAGUCGGUGGGGUCUUCCACCUUGCCAUGGUUUUGAAAGAUGGCUUGUUGGAGAAUCUGACUCCCCAGCUGUUCAUUGACGUUAACAAACCUAAAUACCAUGGCACCGUGAACCUUGACAAAGUCACAAGAAAAUCCUGUCCAGAACUGGCUUACUUUGUUGCCUUCUCAUCGGUCAGCUGCGGUCGCGGCAACGCCGGCCAAAGUAAUUACGGCUACGCUAACUCGGCCAUGGAACGCGUGUGUGAGAAGCGGCGUCACGAUGGCCUUCCGGGACUGGCGGUCCAAUGGGGGGCCAUCGGGGACGUGGGCGUGGUGCUGGAGACGAUGGGUGGCAACGAUGCCGUGAUUGGUGGCACCCUGCCGCAGAGGAUCGCCUCUUGCCUGGAUGCGCUCGACCACUUCCUGUGCCAACGGAGCCCCGUGAUGUCGAGCUUUGUGCUGGCCGAGCGGACCGUGACAAAAAGCGAGGCAGGAAGCCAGAGGGACUUGGUGGAUGCCGUAGCUCACAUUCUGGGCGUGCGGGAUGUCAACAGCCUGAACGCCGACACCUCAUUGGCUGACUUGGGCCUGGACUCGUUGAUGGGUGUGGAGGUUCGCCAGACUCUUGAGCGUGACUAUGACAUGGUUAUGGCUAUGAGAGAGAUCCGGCAGCUUACCAUCAACAAGCUGCGUGAACUGUCCAAUAAGAAACCAGAUGGCUCAAAUGCGAAAAAGGACGUCAUUCGAACCAUGUCCGAGUCGAAUCUGACAGAGCUACUCGUCAACCCGGACGGCCCCACGGUGACAUCACUCAAUGACGUGCAGAGCCAGGAAAGGCCGCUGUUCCUGGUCCACCCGAUUGAGGGCUCCGUUGCUGCUUUCAAGACGCUUGCCUCCAAGCUUAGCGUGCCUUGCUAUGGCUUGCAGUGCACCAAAGAUGCUCCGCUGGACAGUAUCCAGUCUCUGGCAGCCUACUAUGUGGAUUGCAUUCGACGCGUUCAGCCAGAUGGACUUUACCGAAUCGCCGGCUACUCAUUUGGUGCCUGCGUGGCGUUUGAAAUGUGCACCCAGCUGCAGAACCAGAAACAGCCCGUGGAGAACCUCUUCCUCUUUGACGGAUCACACUCGUACGUGGCGGCCUAUACACAGAGAUACAGGGCCAAGCUAACACCAGACAAAGAAUCCGAGGCUGAAACCGAAGCCUUGUGUGCCUUCAUCCAGCAGUUUACGGACACGGAGUACAGCAAGCUCCUGGACACGCUUCUCCCGCUGCCGGACUUGGAGGCUCGUGUCAGCGCGGCGGUGGACGUCAUCACAUCCAGCCGCAAGAACAUAAGCCGGGACUUGCUGAACUUUGCAGCCUCCACCUUUUACUGCAAGUUGAAGGCAGCCGACCGUUACGUCCCUACUACCAAAUACAGCGGCAACGUCUUGCUACUGCGCGCCAAAACCAGCAGCGAAUACGGACAAGCCUUGGGAGCUGACUACAAGCUCAGCGAGGUAUGUGACGGCAAGGUGUCAGUUCACGUCAUUGAAGGCGACCACCACACGUUGUUGGAAGGAGAGGGAGUGGACUCCAUCACCGGUAUCAUUCACAGCUCACUGGCUGAGCCAAGAGUCAUGGCAAGGGAGGGUUGAAACACAUUCCAUACUUGCAUUCUGGUUCCCCACCCAUAAAUAUCUUUGUUAGUGUAUGCAACAGUACGUUUAGCUUUGUUUAAUUUAGGGAUUAUCCCAAGUAAAUUUUGCACAACACGCGUUUACAUUUUGGGCCAUUUUGCUAUAUUGACCAUUAUUUAACACUUUCCUCAUGAUAUCAUAUUUUUAAAAAUAACCUUGAAUUGAAGUUCAAAUUAACCCAAACUGCUGUCUUACCCCACUGGGUAAAAUAUAUGUGCUGUGAGCAGAUGAACGGAAAUGCCCUUGAUUAUAUUGUGGAGAAUUUCGACAUUGGAAGUGAGCUAUAAAAUUGGUGGAUAAGCAAGUCAUCCUUUUUUUUUAUCUCGCAAUUGUAUGGACCUCUUUUCAUAUGAAACAGGGUAUGAUAGUGAUAAUCAGAUAAAUCAAUGACAUUUCACAGAAAGUCGCACUAAAUUUGAACUCUGGCAGUAUAAUUUCCAAAUAGUGCAAUGUUUUGAUGAAACUGUUAUCAUUUAAAAACGUUUUUGACUUUGACUGUAAGGUUGUUACAGAGCUCAUCCCAACUCAUAAUGAAGUAAGACUACAGUGAACCACGUCCACGUGUUGUCUUAAGAGGUGAGAAGGGGGAGUUCAGCUAAUUAUUCAUGGCAAAAUCUUUUUCUCUCCUGGAUAAUGUAGGACAGAAGGAAAGUUUUGUGUUUGCGGUACUUUUGCAGGGGGGUGAGUAAUGAGUGUGCUGUUGGAUGCAAAAGUAUUGCUCUUCAAUCUGUUCUCCCUGCAAGUAACUGUUAACAUGAUUUCUGAGACCUGUGAUGUGGUCAAUGAAGGCUUGGAUGUCAAAGGACAGAAAAUGGUACAAUGUAUUUCUGAAAUGUAUUGUUGCAGCUAAUAAAAGCCUCUCACCAAGUA